CUUCACCAAACGCGAAAGCUCUGUUCCGGUCUCCCGUCUCGCUGUGCCUCCUCCUGCCCUCCGCUCGCCUAGGGUUCGCUCGCUCGCUCGUCCCCAGGUUCGCUCGCGAUGGACCAGGGCGACGUCGACGUCGCCGUGGCCGUGCCCCCCGCCGCCCCCUCCUCCUCCUGCGGCGGCGCCGGCUGCAAGAAGGGCAAGCGCUUCGAGAUCAAAAAGUGGAACGCCGUCGCGCUCUGGGCCUGGGAUAUUGUGGUCGACAACUGCGCCAUCUGCCGUAACCACAUCAUGGACCUCUGCAUCGAGUGCCAGGCGAACCAGGCCAGCGCCACCAGCGAGGAGUGCACCGUCGCUUGGGGAGUUUGCAACCAUGCAUUCCACUUCCACUGCAUCAGCCGUUGGCUCAAGACCCGUCAAGUGUGCCCUCUAGACAACAGCGAGUGGGAGUUCCAGAAGUAUGGUCACUAAGACAGUCAUGGCCAGGGGCGAAGUUACUUAAUGGUUGUUGAACUUUAGUGCUAUUAGUGAUAACUCCUGGUUAAGGAUAGUGGAUGGUUGGUUGAUGUUUCUGGAGCUUGGAUUUUUAUUAAACCACAUGUAUCCUUGUUGAGUACUGUUCAUCAUGUCGUCCCUGAGAGCUACCUAUGGAUCUCUCUGUUUUGCAGGAAUUUAAGUGUGAAUUUGGUGGGUACUCA